UCUUCUUCGGUUAAAUUUAAAAAAAUCAAGCUGCCUCUCCAACUUAAGAUAACUAAGAUGGGCUGGCGAGUAUCAACCCAUUCAAACAAGUCCACCGGGACGGACCUUAUGGAGGGACCGACACCACGUCAUUCCCUGUUGUCCGGAAGAUUCAAACAGAGCUUCGCCUACUUGACAUUAAGGACGCGAAUGCCUGGAAUCAUGCAGCAAAUUAUAAUGAGGGUGACGGAUGAUUUGCCGGAAUUUGUGGAAAAAUACGGCGAAGAGGUGCGCAAGGAUGUCAAGCAGAUAGUAGAUGCCAUUGAGCGUCUGAAGAUGGAACUAAACCGGGAUCGAAAGUUUCUGCAGUUCCACGGCGCUGAACCGGACAAGGCUGAGUGGAAUGCCUUCUUGACAGAGAUCCCACAGCCCAAAAGGUCCUUCUUUCGCGCCUGCUGGCUACACUCCGAAUGCUAUUUAUAUCGGCGCAUUUUCUCCUUCUUCGAGAACAGUCGCUUUCUGCACAACUACGACUGCUUUGAUCACCUGAAAAAGCAGGACCUGAUCAUCAGUGAAGGACCCAUGAAAGUCCUGGCCAAAGCCACUCGUGGAUUGUCCAAGAGCUUUGAUGUUUUUAGCAAGCUGUUAAGGAUUAACCUAUGGGGUAAUCACUUCGACAUGCAAUUUGAUGCCUUUCAAUUCGGAGAGGAAGACAAUCAGAACGACAUAAAUGUUCUGGUAGAAGUAGCUGACAUUGAUAGGAUCCUUCUGGUUAACGAUUCCACUCUGGUGUGGAACUGCCUAAUGAAGACGAAGAAAACGAGCCAGGACGUCAUAGUGGACUUCAUCUGUGACAAUGGAGGCUUCGAGUUCUUCACGGAUAUGCUGCUGCUGGAAUACAUGGUUGAUAAUAACCUGGCCACCCAGGUGCGAUUGCAUGUCAAAGCCAUACCCUGGUAUAUAUCCGAUGCUACGCGAAAAGAUGUCGAAUGGACAAUAGACUAUCUAUCCCAACACAAAGAUGAGUGCCUUUCCAGCUUGGGCAAAAAAUGGGCGCGCCUGAUGCGCCUUGAAAAGAUUAUAAUAGCACCAGUGUCAUAUUUUUGGACGGGUCCACAGCCAUACUUUGUGAUGGUGGAAUCCGACUUGGAGCUGUAUCGCAUGCUUACUAACUCCAAGCUAGCCAUUUUUAAGGGAGAUCUGAACUACCGCAAGUUGAUGGGCGAUUAUAUAUGGGAUUCGGCAGAGGAGUUCAUCACCUGCCUGAGGGGCUUCCGACCCACCAAUAUCUGCGCUCUUCGCACUGUCAAAUGCGAGGUGGUUUGCGGCCUGCCCGAGGGCAUGGCGGAUACUCUUUUAAGGAACGAUCACAACUGGAUGAUAUCUGGAAACUAUGGUGUUAUUCAGUACACCGACUCUCUGAAAUGUUCUUGCGCUUUGCCGGGUCAAGAAGAAUAUGGACAAGCUGAAGGAAUGGCAUUGGUACCGCUACGACCUGAGAGGUCGACUACGUUUAUUUCUAGUCCAUGAUAAAUUAUUACAAAUUUGUCAAUAGAAAAUCGAAUGGCCUCGUUACACCCACUCGGAAUUGAGUUCGCUGCAAGUGCUACCAAAAACCCCCAAGGAUUGUUUGGGCUCGGCUUUAACAGUGACUCUCUUUCCUGGCCAAUUGGCGCUUGACUAAUGCUGUUGGUUUUAUAGAUGGGGCGCACAUGCGCACCCAUUUGUCCCGACGACUCUCAAUUUGGAAAUGGAAAGUUGCCACAGUGCCGCAAGUGGCCCAAGGCCAGAAUUCAAAGCAGCAAAAAAAUGUGAAAAUUAAAUAUGUGCUGAUUAAAUUGAUUGUUUUUCAA